AUGUCUUUCCUUCAUAAUCAUUCUUGCGAGUGCGUUAAGUCAGAAUUGGAUUUGUUUGCACUACCGUCUACACAAACUAGCAUUGAAAAUGGAUUGUGGAUUCAUUAUAAACCAAUUUCAUCUCUUGGUGAUGAUGGACCUAUCGAGUUUCAAGUUCCUGGGACCGGCGAUGACUACAUAGAUUUGUCUCAUACAUUACUCCACAUAAAGGCAAAAGUAUUAAAUCAAGAUUCAACUGACUUGGUAUCUACUACAAUAGUAGCACCUGUAAAUAAUUGGCUGCAUUCACUUUUUAGUCAACUUGAUGUUUAUUUAAACCAAAAACUUGUAUCACCACCUAAUAAUACCUAUGCAUAUCGAGCAUACAUGGAAACCCUUUUAAACUAUGCCCCUGCUGCUAAACAAUCUCAUCUUACUUGUAGUCUUUGGUAUGAGGAUACAGCAGGAAAAAUGGAUUCUACAGAUGGUAAAAACAUAGGAUUUGUUAAAAGACAGGAAUUGAUUAGUGAAAGUAAGGAAAUAGAAAUGAUUGGUCAUCUUCACGGUGACAUUUUUAACCAAGAUAAAUUUUUAAUUAAUGGUGUUGAAAUGAGUGUUAAAUUGGUUCGAUCAAGAGAGAGUUUUAAUUUAAUUGUUGGGUCAAACGAUGUAAAGUUUAAAGUUUGCAUUACGGACGCAACUCUUAUUGUUCGACGAGCACGAAUUAAUCCAAGUGUAUUACUCGCACAUCAAAAAGUUUUAGCUUCUACCACUGCUAAAUAUUAUAUUAGUCGAGCUGAAGUAAAAGUUUUAACAAUUCCUUCGGGUGUUCAAGGAAAAACUCUUGAUAAUAUAUUUUUAGGACAGGUACCGAAAAGAUGUAUAAUUGGAUUUGUGAACAAUUCUGCAUUUAAUGGUUCCCUUACUAAAAAUCCAUUUAACUUUGAAAACUAUGGUAUUAAUUCUUUCAGCUUAUAUAUUGAUGGUCAACAAAUACCUCCAAAAGCUUUGCAACCAUCUUUUAAUAAUAGCAUAUUUACAUCAGCAUAUCAUACUCUAUUCUCGGGAACUGGUAUUCACUUUCUUAAUGAAGGAAAUGGAAUCUCUUGUGAACAGUAUGGCAAAGGUUACUGUCUAUUAGCAUUUGACUUAACUCCUGAUUUAUCAGCUAACUCAUCAACUCAUUGGAAUCUCAUAAAGCAUGGUAGUGUAAGAAUAGAAGUACGAUUUGAAUCCUCAUUAAUACAAACAAUUAACUGUAUAGUUUAUGCUGAGUUUGAUAAUAUUAUUGAGAUAGAUAAAAACAGAAAUGUUAUUGUAGACUAUAGUAGUUAA